AGUCAUUCCCGUCAAUAUUUUGUCUAGUCUUUUGAGGUGCAUCAGUAAUACAUUUGGGUGAAUAUUUUUCCAUAGAAAAUAUAUAAUUUAUUACAAUGGCAAUGCAAAUUCCUGCAAACGUGGAUUCAGAUCAAAUUAAAUCUGUUCGAGACUUUGUGGCGUCCUAUAACAAAUUAAUAGAAAUUUGUUUUGUUGACUGUAUAACUGAUUUCACUUCACGAGAUGUUCAAUCGAAGGAAGAAAAGUGUGCUCUAAAUUGUAUGGAGAAAUAUUUGAAGAUGAAUCAAAGAAUUUCACAACGAUUUGAAGAAUUUCAAAUGCUUGCUAAUGAAAAUGUAAUGGCAGCACAGAAAAAAAUAAAUGAAGGUAGAUAAUUUUGAACAUUAAC